AUUGCGUGGAUCUCAGCACUGAACGCACACACCAUGGUGGCCGAUAUCCUAUCCGUCUUCCCAGAGGAUCAGAUUUUGACCCCCAGUAACGGGCAAGCCUACGAAGAAGCACUUCGUCGUUGGGCGGAGAAUUCGGAGAGACGAGCCAAAGUUAUCGUGCUGCCGAAGUCUUCAAAGGACGUCUCCAAGGCGAUUCAGUAUGCCGUUGCUAACGAUCUCGAGAUUGCCAUCAAAGGCGGCGGGCACUCGUGCUCCGGAGCCUCUUCUUCUGAAGAUCUUGUCAUCGACCUCCGCCAUUUGAGCAGUGUUUCCGUCGAUGUCGAGAAACGUCUCCUUACCGCCGGUGGGGGCGCAAUCUGGGAGACUGUCGACAAAGAGGCAGCAAAGUAUGGUCUGGCGACUGUAGGAGGGACGGUCAAUCACACUGGCGUCGGCGGACUUACCCUCGGCGGUGGAUACGGAUGGCUGACGCCCAAGUACGGACUCACUAUCGACAACCUUAUCCAGGCAGAGAUCGUUACGGCCAAUGGGGACAUUCUGACCUGCAGCGAAACAGGGAACGCAGAUCUAUUCUGGGCUAUUCGUGGCUCUGGUUCGAACUUUGGCGUCGUCACCUCGUUUGUGCUUAAAGCUUAUCCACAGCCCAAUGCUGUCUGGUCUGGCCUGGUGAUAUUCACCCCGGGACAGCUGUCUGCUAUCAUCAGCGCUGCUCGAUCUUGGGCGGCCAACGCCUCCCAGGACGAGAGCUGUAUAAUCUUCUUCGCGUGCCCACCUCCGGUCUUCCAGCCCGCAGUCGUCCUGGUUCCCUUCUUCAACGGCUCUGCAGAGGAGGGCAAGAAGCGCUUCAAAGCGUUCUUUGACAUAGGUCCCGUCGCUGACUUGACGAAGGCGCUCCCGUACGAGGAGAUGAAUGCGCUUCAAAACCCGAUGGCAACGCACGGCGACCGGAAGGUUUUGAAGGGCGCGCCGCUCGCGCAGGUGGACGAGGACGUUCUCACCAGCCUCUACAGCGAAUAUGUCAAGUUCGUGGCGGAAUAUCCCGAGGCGAAAGCGAGCGCAGCCCUCAUUGAGCUGCACUCGUACCAGAAACUCAUGGAGGUCCCCUUUGAGGCGACAGCAUUCGCGAAUCGCGGCCCGAUCUUCAAUAUCACGUUUGCGAUUCGGUGGAAAAGCCCUAAUCUUGAUAUGACGAUGCGCCAGUGGGCAUCCGCGCGCGCUAAAGCGAUCCGCGUUGAAGAGAGCAAGCGCUCAGGUAUGGACCUCGAAGCUGCACGCGGCUAUGCGAAUUUUGGCCUCGGCGACGAGCGCGUGCGCGACGUUUUUGGCGAGCACUAUGACCGCUUGAGCGAACUCAAGGCCAAGUACGAUCCUCAGCUGGUCUUCCGCAAGUGGUUCCCGAUCGUGCCCAAGGGCUAUGCGGGAGAAAUUCCUACGUGAACUAGGACGAUGGAUCGAGUUUGCAAAGAGUAGGGGACCUCAGGGGCCCAAGAAACAGAGCUUUGUAGGUAAUACGAAUGUGUACAACAGUAGUGCUCAAUGGAAUUUUGGAUGCCUUAUCCUCG